CAGGCUGGGGAGAAAUGCCUACUGUCCACACAAAGACCGAAGCUUCUUGGGGAGAGCCGUCGUCCCCUUCUGCUGCAGUUGAUAAUGGCACUUCAGCGUGGGGGAAACCCCCCAGCAGUGGUACAGGGUGGGGAGAUAAUCCUGCCGAGUCGGCAGGGACAUACGGAAGAACAAAUGCUCCAGCUGCUGCCCCAGCACUGUGCAAACCAGCUUCAAAAUCUAUGCAAGAAGGCUGGGGCAGUGGUGGGGAUGAAGUGAAUCUCAGUACUAGUCAGUGGGAAGAUGAGGAAGGAGAUAUGUGGAAUAAUACUGCUUCACAAGAGAGCAGCUCCUCCUGUAAUUCCUGGGGGAAUGCCCCGAAGAAAGGACUUCAAAAGGGCAUGAAGACAUCUAGCAAGCAAGAUGAGGCCUGGAUCAUGAAUCGUCUGAUAAAACAGCUCACAGACAUGGGCUUCCCUAGAGAGCCAGCGGAAGAGGCCUUGAAGAGCAACAAUAUGAAUCUUGAUCAGGCCAUGAGUGCUCUGCUGGAAAAGAAGGUGGAAAUGGACAAGCGUGGAAUGGGAGUGACCGACUACAAUGGAAUGGUCACCAAACCCCUUGGCUGCCGCCCACCACCAAUCUCCAAAGAGUCUUCCAUGGACCGCCCCACCUUCCUUGACAAGGAUGGCGGCCUAGUGGAAGAGCCCACUACUUCACCAUUUUUGCCUUCACCAAGCCUGAAGCUCCCCCUUUCAAACAGUGCACUCCCUAAUCAGACCCUGGGCGGGAUUGCCUCAGGGCUGGGCAUGCAAAACUUGAAUUCUUCUAGACAGAUACCGAGUGGCAAUCUGGGUAUGUUUGGCAAUAGCGGAGCAGCACAAGCCAGGACCAUGCAACAGCCGCAGCAACCGCCAGUGCAACCUCUUAAUUCAUCCCAGCCUAGUCUUCGUGCUCAAGUGCCUCAGUUUCUAUCCCCUCAGGUUCAAGCACAGCUUUUGCAGUUUGCAGCAAAAAACAUUGGUCUCAGCCCUGCACAGUUAACCUCGCCAAUUAAUAAUCCUCAGCAUAUGACGAUGUUGAACCAGCUCUAUCAGCUGCAGCUGGCGUACCAACGUUUACAAAUCCAGCAGCAGAUGUUACAGGCUCAGCGUAAUGUUUCCGGACCCAUGAGACAACAGGAGCAGCAAGUUGCACGUACAAUCAAUAACAUGCAGCAGCAGAUCCAGCAGCACCAGCGCCAGCUGGCCCAGGCCCUGCUUAUGAAGCAGCAGCCUCCCCCUCCACAUCUAUCUUUGCACCCCUCUGCAGGCAAAUCAGCCAUGGAUAGCUUUUCACCCCAUCCCCAGGCUCCCGGCCUACCUGACCUGCAGACCAAAGAGCAACAGUCUUCACCGAACACCUUUGCUCCUUACCCUCUUGCUGGACUGAACCCGAACAUGAAUGUAAAUAACAUGGACAUUACCGGUGGUUUGUCAGUGAAGGACACUUCUCAGUCCCAGUCUCGCCUUCCUCAGUGGACACACCCCAACUCAAUGGAUAAUCUGUCUAGUGCUGCUUCUUCGCUUGACCAGAACUCCAGCAAGCACGGUGCUAUACCUGGAGGUUUAAGUAUUGGUCCUCCGGGAAAGUCCUCCAUUGAUGACUCUUAUGGCCGGUAUGAUCUGAUUCAAAACAGUGAAUCGCCCGCCAGUCCGCCCGUAGCUGUUCCUCACAGCUGGUCACGUGCCAAAACCGAUAGUGAUAAAAUUUCCAAUGGCUCCAGCAUAAACUGGCCACCAGAGUUUCAUCCAGGAGUGCCGUGGAAAGGACUGCAGAAUAUCGAUCCUGAAAAUGACCCCGAUGUGACUCCUGGAAGUGUUCCAACUGGGCCGACCAUAAACACCACGAUACAGGAUGUGAAUCGCUAUCUUCUCAAGAGUGGAGGGUCAUCCCCAACAUCAUCUCAGAAUGCCACGCUGCCUUCAUCGAGUGCCUGGCCGCUUAGUGCCUCCGGCUACAGUAGCUCUUUCAGCAGCAUUGCAUCCGCACCUAGCAUUGCAGGUAAAUUGUCAGACAUCAAGUCUACAUGGUCCUCUGGCCCAAUCUCUCACACACAAGCCUCUCUAUCCCAUGAACUAUGGAAGGUACCCAGAAACACUACUGCUCCUACGAGACCACCUCCAGGCUUAACAAACACCAAGCCAUCAUCUACGUGGGGUGCCAGUCCCCUGGGUUGGACCAGCUCUUACUCCUCUGGUUCUGCAUGGAGUACUGACAGCUCAGGGAGAACAAGCAGCUGGCUGGUUCUUCGAAACCUCACGCCCCAGAUUGAUGGUUCCACACUGCGGACACUGUGUUUGCAACAUGGCCCUCUAAUAACAUUCCACUUGAACCUGACGCAAGGGAAUGCUGUGGUCCGAUACAGCUCCAAGGAAGAAGCAGCCAAGGCCCAAAAGUCUCUGCAUAUGUGUGUCCUGGGAAACACUACCAUCCUGGCCGAGUUUGCUGGUGAAGAAGAAGUCAACCGUUUCUUAGCCCAAGGCCAGCCGCUGCCGCCCACCUCCAGCUGGCAGUCCAACACUGGAACCAACCAGACCCGCCUGGGCUCCUCGAGCAGCUCUCACGCCUUGGUGCGCAGCGACGCCGGGCACUGGAACACUCCCUGCCUGGGGGGCAAGGGGAGCAGUGACCUGCUGUGGGGUGGGGUGCCCCAGUACUCCAGCAGCCUUUGGGGACCCCCGAGCACCGACGACGGCAGAGUUAUCGGAAGCCCGACACCUUUGAAUACUCUUCUUCCGGGUGAUCUUCUCAGUGGGGAGUCCAUCUAGGAAACAAGAGAAAUAAAAUGGAAAUAACAAUCAUCAGCACUAAAGGAAAAAUAAGAAUUGUAACCCUUUCCAGUCCCGGGCUUGAUGAAGAAUCCAGCUUUAACAGAUCAGACUGGCAGCCCUUUUUAGUACCUCUGUCCAAUAUCGAAUAUGAAACUGCAGAAGUCCUUGUGAACUGUUCAUGAAACAGUAUGGGCUACUUUUGGUCAGUGUCACAUGCUAAUGACAGGUUUUAUUUUUUUCAUGGCUUUUUGUUUUAUGUUGUCUUUUUAUGUUUGUAUGGUGAUUUUAAAAACAAAGUGUAAAAGCUGCUUAGAAUAGGUCUAUCAUGAAGGGCACUUUUCAGAAUUUGGGCUGGAAAGGGUUAUUUUAUCAACUGGGGGGGG